AUGGCCUCAACGGGCACCUACGUCCCGCUCCUCAAGACUGUCUUCUCGUCUAUUCUUGAGGUCUUCAUCGUAUGUAUUUCAGGGUACAUCCUCGCCCGUAAGGGCAUUCUGGACAAGGCAACCCAGAAGAAACUCAAUCGCCUGAAUGUGUCACUAUUCACGCCGUCGCUCCUCUUCUCCAAGGUCGCGUUCUUCUUGUCACCAGCUAAACUGAGGGAGCUAUGGGUUAUCCCUAUCGUGUUUGUACUGACCACGGUGGUGUCAAUGGCGGCGGCGUACGUGCUCGGCACUGUCAUGAGGUUGAAGAAGUCGCAAAGGUCAUUCGCUAUGGCCGCGUCAAUGUUCAUGAACUCCAACUCGUUGCCGAUCGCGCUCAUGCAGAGUUUGGUCGUCACCGUUCCGGGACUGAAGUGGGACAAAGGGGAUAACAAGAACUCAAUGGUCGGUCGUGCACUCACCUACUUGGUCUUGUACUCGACGAUGGGGAUGGUGCUGCGGUGGAGUUAUGGCGUCCGACUCCUCUCGCAAGCAGAUCCGGAAGGGUCUGAUGACGCGCCCUCAACUGAACAGACGCCAGAGUCGUCGGCACCACCAAUUGUUCAAGAGAGCAUUCCGCGCAUCGACUCCAUUGCCUCGGAUGGUUCACAUACUAUUGGACACUGCCCCUCCAAUCCUGGCCUCUCGGUCGAACAGCUUGACGGGAACAAGGUCUUCUACUCCUUCCCCAACACCCCCACUCGCCUCGCGUCACCUCUCCCUCCCGCUGCAUCGGCUUCCUCUUCAACCGCACAAGGCGAUGAAGACGAAGAUGACGAAGACGGUCUCCCCCCAGUCCACCGCCAACGCACCGCACCAACAAGCACGCGCUGGCACUCGCUGCGCCGGCGUGCAUUCCGCCGAGCCGCACGCAUGUGGCACACGUUCCACCAGUUCAUGACCGUCCCCCUCUGGGCCGCGCUGGCGUCGCUCGUCGUCGCGUGCGUCCAGCCGCUGCAGCACGCGCUGGACAUCCACCUUCCCCCGGUCAAGGGCGCGAUCGCAAGCCUCGGCAACUGCUCGAUCCCCGUCACGCUCGUGGUCCUCGGCGCGUACUUCUACUCCCCGCCGGAUCCCGUGGCGGUCGAACGGCGGGGCCGCCGCGCGCGAGAGCGGAGCGCAGGCCUGCGGAGCGCGUCGAGGGCGAGCGUGCUGUUCGACAGCGUGCGGGACAUGUUCUCGAUGAAGAGCGUGCAUCGCGAGCAGGGCGCGCUCGGUGCGCCGUCUGCGUCGAGCGGCGCGGCGCGCCCGGGCGAGACGCGCACGGUGUGGGUCGCGAUCCUGUCGCGGAUGAUCAUCACCCCGCUCGUGCUCCUCCCGCUCAUGGUGGUGUGCACGAAGUUCGACCUGCAGCGGGUGUUCGACGACCCGGUUUUCGUGGUGUCGAACGUGCUGCUGAUCGCGUCGCCGCCGGCGCUGACGCUUGCGCAGAUCACGCAGGCGGCGUCGGGCGACGCGUUCGAGCGGCUCAUCAGCCGGACGAUCUUCUGGUCGUACUGCGUGGUGACGCCGCCGUCGACGAUCGCGUUCGUUGUGAUUGGGCUGGUCUUGUCUAAGUUGUAG